AUGCCGCAAAUACAGUACAGCGAAAAAUACUACGACGAUGUCUACGAGUACAGACACGUGGUUUUACCGCCGGAUAUCGCCAAGUGCUUGCCGAAGAACAGAUUGUUGAACGAGACGGAAUGGCGAGGAUUAGGCGUGCAACAAUCUCGCGGAUGGGUGCAUUACGCGAUUCAUCGUCCGGAACCGCACAUUAUGCUCUACCGAAGACCGCUGAACUACGGACAAGCGCCGUUGGGAGACGCGAACAAGUGA